UUUUUGGGUAAGACGAGAAUGUCCUUCUAUGGGAAGGAGGGAGUAUUUUGGAGGUCGGUGUGAACAGUUUAUAUAUGGCAAAAGAAAUAUCGGAAUCAGGAUUAUCAACGACACCAGCAAAUCCCGAAAAUAAGUGGGGAAAAAUAGGAACUCGCCACCUGCAGUCUCAUUGACUUCGUCGGUUGACCCUCGUCCCCUCCGCCGCCGCUGCUGCGAGCCGCCACCCGGGACGACGAAGAUCGCUUUCCACCGUCCUCUCUUAAGCCGCAGGCCGCAUGAGGAUGUCGGCUGUACCCAAGAAGACAUCGUCGAGAUGCAUCACAGUGGCGGAGACCGGCAGCCACACGUUCGAGAUCGUCGGUUACAGCCUUCAGAAGGGCACCGGCGUCGGCAAGUUCGUCCGCUCCGGCACCUUCACCGUCGGCGGCUAUGACUGGUCCAUCCGCUUCUACCCCGACGGCUCAUCCACCGAUUCGGAAGAGUACGUCACGAUCUGCCUCGAGCUCAUGACCAGCAACGCCACGGCGCGCGCAAGCUACCACCUGCGAUUGGCCAGCCAGCAGUCCCCCCUGUGUUGGUGGGGCUGUAAAAGCGGUCCGAGGCUGUUCAAGUCGUGCGAUGUUACCCGCUUCGGUCCGCGGAACUGGGAUUUCAUACUGAGGUGUGACCUCGAGGAGGAAGAAUCCUGUUACCUUGUCGAUGAUAGCAUCAGGAUCGAAUGUGAAGUUACCGUCAUCAGAGAGCCGCAGCUGUCUGAAACCAGGGUGGAAUCUGAAAUCGAAGUGCCACCGUGUGACAUGAUGGCACAUUUUGGCAAGCUAUUGGAGCAGAAGAAGGGGACAGAUGUCUCGUUCAUUGUGGGCGGUGACUCCUUUGAGGCGCACAAGAUCGUCCUCGUGGCGCGGUCACCUGUCUUCAUGGCUGAGUUCUAUGGCCGAAUGCGCGAGUCAGGAAUGUGCUGUGUGACCGUCCAAGACAUGCAGCCUGAUGUUUUCAGGGCGCUGCUGCACUUCAUCUACACAGAUUCGUUACCUGACAUGGAUGAUCUUGACAGAGAUGAAUACAGCGAGAUGAUCCAGCAUUUGCUUGUGGCUUCUGAUAGAUAUGCCAUGGAAAGGCUGAAGUUGAUGUGCCAAUGUAUCCUUCGUAAAAAUCUUGACGUGGAGACAGUGGCAACUACAUUGGCUUUAGCUGAUCAACAGAACUGUGACGAGCUGAAAGCUGCUUGCAUCGAAUUUAUCAGCUCUUCAAGGGAUGUGAGUGCUUUAGUGGCAACCCAGGGAUACUCAAGUCUUAAAAGAAGCUGCCCUUCUGUCUUGGUAGAUUUAUACGAGAAAACCAGUAAGCUUUUUAAAACUUAGCAAGCUGCUCAUCGUGUACUGAAUUCGACUAGUUAAUUAAUUGUCAGUAGGACAUAUGAGGGGCUUAAUUUAUAGCUACCUGUUUUGGAAGAGCGGCUCUUUAACUUCAGUCAGUGGGUGGUUAGUUCAGUUAUUAGAUUGAGAUGAUCUAGCACUUCCGAAUUCCUUUUUUUUUUUUAUCUUGUUCGACCUGGUACUCUGUCAGACACCAACUUCUCCUGAGUUACACUAUUUAUAUAUACCUUCAAAGUCCUGGGGUCGAUGAAACCCCCAUAAUAA